AUUUAAUGAGAUGCUGGUUUUGUGCUGAUUUUUAUUAUCUUGUUUUCAAGGCGUUAUAUUCCUCUGUGUAUAUAGAAGUGGUACGAUGGGACUUGUGUGCGUGACUUCUCUGUGUACAUGGAAUAGCUUGGAUGAGAAAUGGUUGCUAUGCACUCAUAUGGAAAAUAACUGCGUGAAGCCAAAUGUUUUCUGUUUCACAAAAGAAAAUGCAACCUACGGAUUUAGAAAGACACAAAACAGAGGGAGCAAAAUCGCCACGGCUUUCUGACCACAGGCUCAGACUCCUCAUCCCGAGCCCUGGUCAUGUGACUCUUCCCAUCGGCUGGGAUUUCUCUCUCGGCAUGGCGGAGAUGAUGGAGCUUGGUCUGCUGUUUAAUACCAUUUGUUAUUCACUGUGAGGAGGACACGGGUGUUUUUGUUGUCGGUUAACCGUUCUACGCCGUUCUUUCCCCCCGGUUGCUGGACAUAAUGGCGGAGCGCGGUGUGGAUGUGUCCGCUCUCCCCCAAGAGGUCCGGGAGCAGCUCGCUGAGCUGGACCUGGAGCUGUCGGAGGGUGACAUCACACAAAAAGGAUACGAGAAGAAGAGGGCCAAAGUUUUAGCACCCUACUUGACACAAACACAAAAUUUGGCUCCGCCUCCGGCAUAUGAUGCACAGUCCCCUGGUCCAAGCUCCGCCUCUGCACCUGAACCUGGCCCGUCAAACUCAUCCUCCUCCUCUUCUCGCCACCGGCGCACACGGCGACCACACCGAAGCAGCGGGACUAGAGAUGAACGCUACAGAUCAGACAUCCACACUGAGGCAGUUCAGGCAGCACUGGCCAAGCAUAAAGAGGAAAAGAUGGCGCUGCCCAUGCCGACCAAACGUCGGUCCACAUAUGUACAGUCACCAAUUGACAACUGCACCCCACCAGACUCCUCAUCUUCUUCUGAUGAUGAGGCCGUGUCAAGUGAAAGUACAGGGCCUCAGCAGUCUCCGGACACCUGGAUUAAUAGCUCUGUGCAUGGCUCCUCCACCUCCUCCUCUGCCUCCUCCACUCUCUCACAUGGGGAGUCUCGGCCCACCCAGGCCCCUCAGCCUCAGUCUCAGCAGGUCCCACCUCCACCCGCACCUGCCCACCCGCCCCACUCCCACUCCCAGCCUUCCGCCCUGGCUGAGGCCUACGCUCAGACACGCAUCGAUCCAGGAGGAGGAGUCGGGCCUCCUGAUGUGCCAUCGCAAGCUCAGGCCAGAGGCUCUCGUGUGGAUCUGCCUGCCAACGCUGUGGUGCGAGGCAUGAGUCGAGGACAGAGCCGGUCCAGCAUGAUGGAGACAGCAGACGUGAGAAGAGUAGGCAGAGGUGUUCCGGUGUCCAGUCGUGUGUCCACAAAGAUCCAGCAGCUGCUAAACACGCUAAAACGACCCAAACGCCCACCACUCAGUGAGUUCUUCAUGGAUGACCAAGAGGAGAUUGUGGAAGUUCCUCAGGCAGAUCCUAACACCCCUAGGCCAGAAGGCCGGCAGAUAAUCCCAGUGAAGGGGGAGCCGUUGGGUGUGGUCAGUAACUGGCCUCCUGCUCUUCAGGCAGCAUUAACUCGAUGGGGUGCCACACAGGGCAAAAGCCCCGCCCUCACAGCUCUGGAUAUCACAGGAAAACCACUCUAUACACUUACGUAUGGGAAACUGUGGAGUCGUAGUGUAAAGCUGGCCUACACUCUCCUCAACAAGCUGGGAACCAAAAAUGAGCAGAUCCUCAAACCAGGAGACCGGGUGGCGCUGGUGUAUCCUAACAGUGACCCUGGUAUGUUCUGGGUUGCUUUUUAUGGCUGUUUGUUGGCAGAAGUCAUUCCUGUGCCCAUAGAGGUUCCAUUAUCCCGAAAGGAUGCGGGUAGCAGCCAAGUUGGUUUUUUGUUAGGUAGCUGUGGAGUGGGUCUGGCUUUGACCAGUGAGAUCUGUUUAAAGGGUUUACCCAAGACCCCCACUGGAGAAAUAUUACAGUUUAAAGGCUGGCCCAGGUUAAAGUGGGUUGUGACAGACUCCAAAUACCUCACGAAGCCUUCGAAAGACUGGCAGCCUCAUAUCCCAACAGCCAACACAGACACGGCAUACAUAGAGUAUAAGGCCAGUAAGGAGGGCACAGUGAUGGGUGUUGCGGUUUCAAAAGUUGCCAUGUUAACACAUUGCCAGGCACUAACUCAGGCCUGUAACUAUUGUGAGGGUGAGACACUGGUGAAUGUUUUGGACUUUAAGAAGGACAUGGGUUUGUGGCAUGGAGUUCUUACGAGUGUGAUGAACCGAAUCCACACCAUCAGUGUUCCAUAUGCAGUAAUGAAGGCCUGUCCACUGUCUUGGGUUCAGAGAGUUCACAUACACAAAGCACGGGUGGCCUUGGUGAAGUGUCGUGAUCUGCAUUGGGCAAUGAUGGCUCACAGAGAUCAGAGAGACACCAGUCUGGCCUCCUUGCGCAUGCUAAUUGUUGCUGACGGAGCCAACCCUUGGUCGGUUUCAUCAUGUGAUGCAUUUUUGAACGUAUUCCAGGCUUACGGUUUGAAGCCAGAGGUCAUCUGCCCGUGUGCUACAUCACCUGAGGCCAUGACGGUUGCCAUACGCAGGCCUGGGGUUCCCGGUGCUCCUCUUCCAGCGAGAGCCAUCCUGUCCAUGACUGGGCUGAGUCAUGGGGUCAUCAGGGUCAACACUGAAGACAAGAACUCUGCUCUCACUGUCCAGGAUGUGGGACAUGUCAUGCCAGGAGCAUUGAUGUGCAUUGUGAAACCGGAUGGGCCGCCCAUGCUGUGUAAGACGGAUGAGAUCGGAGAGAUCGUCGUGAAUUCUCGUGCUGGUGGAACCAUGUACUACGGCCUGUCUGGAGUCACUAAAAACACCUUUGAGGUGAUCCCAGUCAAUGCUAGUGGUGCUCCUAUUGGUGAAAUCCCAUUCGUGCGGUCGGGAUUACUGGGUUUUGUUGGACCGGGUAGUCUGAUAUUCGUGGUGGGUAAGAAUGAGGGCUUGCUAAUGGUUAGUGGUCGUCGUCACAAUGCUGAUGAUCUAGUAGCAACAGCACUAGCGGUGGAACCAGUCAAAACUGUGUACAGAGGCAGAAUUGCUGUGUUCUCAGUGACUGUGUUCUAUGAUGAGAGGAUAGUAAUCGUAGCAGAGCAGAGGCCUGAUGCCAGUGAAGAAGACAGCUUCCAGUGGAUGAGUCGGGUUUUGCAGGCAAUUGACAGUAUUCAUCAGGUGGGAUUGUAUUGUCUUGCACUGGUUCCUGCCAACACCCUGCCCAAAACUCCCCUGGGGGGCAUUCACAUCUCAGAUACCAAGCAACUCUUCCUGGAGGGGGCGCUGCACCCCUGCAACAUCCUCAUGUGUCCUCACACCUGCGUUACCAACAUGCCCAAACCACGUCAAAAACAACCAGUCGGUGUCGGCCCUGCAUCCAUCAUGGUGGGUAAUUUGGUUGCUGGGAAAAGAAUUGCACAGGCUGCAGGCAGAGAUCUGGGACUGAUAGAGGACCAAGACCUGGUCAGGAAGCUGUGCAUGUGGCCUACAAUGAUGCAUCAGUUCCUUACAGAGGCUUUACAGUGGAGAGCACAAACCGAUCCUGACCAUACGCUUUAUGUACUUUUAAAUGCAAAGGGAGUGGCAGUGUGUACAGCUACAUGUGUUCAGCUUCAUAAAAGAGCAGAGAAGAUUGCUGCUGCUCUCAUGGAGAGAAGUGGUAUUAACAUUGGAGAGAAUGUGGUGCUUUUGUAUCCACCAGGUAUAGAUCUGAUCGCAGCAUUUUAUGGCUGUUUGUAUGCUGGUUGUAUUCCUGUCACCGUGAGGCCUCCACACCCGCAGAACCUCUCAGCCACUCUGCCCACUGUCCGCAUGAUUAUCGAUGUCAGCAAGGCUGCUUGCAUUCUCACUACUCAGGUUUUAACAAAGAUUCUCAGAUCUAAAGAAGCAGCAGCUACAGUCAACAUAAAAACAUGGCCUAUCAUAAUAGACACAGAUGACUUGCCUCGCAAACGACCUCCCACAAUCUACAAACCGCCCAAUGCUGAGAUGAUUGCCUAUCUGGACUUCAGUGUCUCAACCACAGGCAUGCUGACAGGAGUGAAGAUCUCUCACGCGGCGGUGAGCGCUCUGUGCCGCUCUAUAAAGCUACAGUGUGAGCUGUACUCCUCCCGUCAGAUCGCCAUCUGCCUCGACCCCUACUGUGGACUUGGUUUUGUGCUCUGGUGCCUUGCGAGUGUAUACUCAGGCCAUCAGUCCAUCCUGAUACCUCCUAUGGAGCUGGAGAGCUCACUGACCCUGUGGCUGGGCACGCUCAGUCAGUACCGCAUCAGAGACACCUUCUGCUCCUAUUCUGUCAUGGAGCUCUGCACCAAGGGCCUAGGCGGACAAACGGAGAUGCUGAAGGCACGUGGUGUGAACCUGUCGUGUGUGAGGAGCUGUGUGGUGAUUGCUGAGGAGCGUCCACGCUUGGCUCUCACGCACUCUUUCUCCAAACUGUUCAAAGACCUUGGACUCUCCAUGCGGGCUGUCAGCACCGCUUUUGGGUCAAGAGUUAACCUAGCCAUCUGCCUACAGGGUACAACUGGACCAGACCCCUCAACUGUGUAUGUGGACAUGAAGUCCCUCCGACAUGACCGGGUGAGGUUAGUAGAGCGAGGAGCGCCACAGUCUCUUCCUCUCAUGGAGUCUGGAACAAUUCUUCCUGGUGUGAGGGUGAUCAUAGUCAAUCCAGAAACUAGAGGACCGCUAGGGGACUCUCAUCUGGGAGAGAUUUGGGUGAACAGUCCCCACAAUGCAACAGGAUACUACACAAUAUAUGGAGAGGAAAACCUGCAGGCUGACCACUUCAACACUAAACUGAGCUUUGGAGAUCCUCAGACACUCUGGGCCAGAACUGGAUACCUAGGCUUUGUCAAGAGAACUGAACUCACAGACUCCAGUGGAGAUCGCCACGACGCCCUGUUUGUGGUGGGCUCUCUGGAUGAGACUUUAGAAUUGAGAGGUUUGCGAUAUCAUCCAAUUGACAUCGAAACCAGCGUAUCACGUGCCCACCGCAGCAUCGGUGAAAGUGCCGUGUUCACCUGGACAAAUCUGCUGGUGGUGGUGGCUGAACUCUGCGGAUCAGAGCAGGACGCUUUAGACCUGGUUCCGCUGGUAACCAAUGUUGUAUUAGAGGAGCACCAUCUGAUUGUGGGUGUGGUGGUUAUUGUUGACCCAGGGGUCAUUCCUAUAAACUCCAGAGGAGAAAAGCAGCGAAUGCACUUGAGAGACUCCUUCCUGGCAGAUCAGUUGGACCCCAUAUAUGUAGCGUACAACAUGUGAGCUGGGAUAUGGGCGAGCCAAAGGCCUGCCAGAGCGGUGCUAUGGAGCCUGGCCUCAGAACUUGGAUUGAGUUCAUAUACAGAAAGACUUGGCCCUGAUUUUUUUCAGGGAUAAGGUGUUAUUUUCCGAAAUACAAAUUUGUGAGAUGACUGUUUUGGAGAAGGGAUGCUGUAAUAGAAUUUCCCUUUUUGCUCAUUUCCUUCUCCACCAGAAUCCCACUCUCUCAGAAAAAAAUGCCACAUAAUGUCUGUCCAAUUCUUGGUCAUGAUUUAAAUUUACUUGAAUUACAUAGCUCUUUUUUUUCUACUCAAACACACUCCUAUUCUGGCACUGGCUGGCUUGUACUUUUUUUAAAUUAUUUUAUUAAAAUGAGCUUAAAGCCUCAGUUCGUAAGUUUUCACCUGGGUUGUUCGAUUUCAGUUUUUUUUAUUCUGAUUCCAAGUUUUUGGAAUCAAUGGAAUCGAUUCCAGGAGUCAAUUCUUAGACUAACUAAGUAAAAAAAGGGAGACAAAGUGAAAUUGUAAAAUAAACUGUGCAAUAUAAACUAUAAUGAUUCAUAGAAUGAAUGAGAGGAGCUUAUAAUGGAUGGAUUGAUUACAAAACAUCAGUGGAGUAAUUAAGAAGGCUUAGCAAUAUAAAUUCUGUAUUAUGAAUUAAUGUUGUUAAGACUCUUUUGGAUUGUGUAGUAGUGUGGUAACCAAGGUAAUGAACACAGUCUUAACAGACUAGGAUGUCACGACUCUGAAUCCCAAAAGCUUAAAAUGUGUCAGGAUUGAUCUGAAACCCAGCUUAUCUAUGGUGCUGUGUGUUACAGGGCUUUAAAAUGUAAUAUUUAUUGGACAGCAUUGGGGUAAUUGGGGCCAUUUGUCAUUCAUCAGAUGCUUGUGUCCUGAGCAGAUUACAUUAUAUUUAAUACAGGGACAGUCCCUGUUGAGCAACCUGGGCUUAAGUGCCUUUCUUAAGGGCAGUAUUGAUGAUAGGACAUUUCUGUAACGCUCCAGUUCAUAGAAUGCCCUUACCCAGGUUAAAACUCACACCUUCAUCCACCAUCAUUUAGAUUAACACACAAAUGUAUUACUGAGACUGCUUCUGUCAGCAAACCAUUUAGUGUUUUAAAUCUUACCACUGGGGCUUUAACAAAGUUUAUUUCAGAUAUGCAGCUAUUCAGGUGAUGAACCUGCAUCUUUUAAUUUGUUUUAAUUCUACAAUAUUUAAAUACAAUAUACAGUUUUACUUGUACUAGAAAAAACUGAAACAUAAUACCCAAAACAUUUUUCUUUUCUUUUCUUUUCUUUUCUUUUCUUUUCUUUUCUUUUCUUUUCUUUUCUUUUCUUUUCUUUUACCCAUGUUCAACAGGUUGUUAUUUAGGAUUGUCCACAAACAUUAUUUUAAUAAUCAAUUUCUUAUUAUCACUUGAAUAACUGAAUUGAGAUAUGUUUUAAACCAUGGACUAUUUAAAUGCUUCAUACAUCUGAUACGGACCCUUUUAUUUAUUAUUUUUUUAUUACUCAAUGGAAAUAUGAAAAAUGUUUCAAAAAGAGGACUUCUAUCUAUCUAUCUAUCUAUCUAUCUAUCUAUCUAUCUAUCUAUCUAUCUAUCUAUCUAUCUAUCUAUCUAUCUAUCUAUCUAUCUAUCUAUCUCUCUCUCUAUAUAUAUAUAUAUAGAUAUAUAGAUAUAUAGACAGCAUGACACUACAAAGGCAAACAUUUGUUCAAUUAAUUACUCAAAGUGAAAACUUUAUUCCCUCAGCCCCCUCAAGUUUAGCAUGAGGAUAAUCAUCCCUAUUGUUUUUCAUUAUCCUUUAUGCACUUUAUUAGAUAAUUACAGAUAUAUUCUGUAACAUGGACUAUUAAUAUCCUUCAAUAAGGGCAUAUGUGUGGUUUUUAUUAUAUGAUUACUUACAUUAUUGAGUAGCAUAUGAACGUUCAGGCACAUAAAAACACAUUUUUGGGACUAAAUGCCCAGUCUAACCUCAAUACUUGCAUUUACAAACUGUUCUCAGUUUACUUCUCCACAUAUAACAGUAAGAAACACUCAUAUACACUUAGUAUGGAUUCAUUAAGGAACAUUCAACUGCAAACCUCAUAACACACAGAGCCCAAACCAAACACAAACUGAGAUACGUAUAGCUCUAUUUUUGCUCUCAUCUAAAGGUGCUUAUACACAUCAGGACUAGCCAUUUAAACCUCUAAAUGGCAAGAGAGAAAAAAAAAAAAAAAAGAAUUCAGGCAUCUGUACAAUAAAAUAAAACAAAUGUAAAAUAACACAACUCUCUGUACAAGCAAACCCCUCGUGAACACCUAAUUGUACAAAGGCAUAGAUUUUACAUGUUUGGCAAAGGAUCUUUAAAGGACAGUUGCUGUCUUCUGUACUAUAGCCAUUUUUACCAGGAAUGACUAACUUCUUGUAAACCACAAAUAAUUGUAAAUAAUUGCUUGUGUACAGAUGAGAAAUUCUACUGUACUGUAAGUUAGUUGCUGUAUUCUGUCAAAUUUUUGGAUUAAUAUGAAUAUUAACUACUGUCACUGACAUCCCUUCGUAGCUAAGCGGGGGUCUGAAGUUAAAGUCUGGUUGUAAAUAGCUUGCUCUGUUUCUGUUUGUUUUUUUUCUGGUUGAUCAGAAAUGUAAUGGGUUGAAGUCUCUGUUCAGAUUUUCUGUCAUGCAUUUCUAUUUAGAAUUCAGAAAUCUUACAGUGUGUACAAGUCUUAAGCAUGAUAAAGUCAAGCACUGUGGGGGCUUGAAAGAGUCCUUACACAACUGAUCACUACAGUAUGCUAGCCUAACCUCAUUCUGUACGACGGGGUUGAGUAUGUGUGCGUAUGUAUGGUCACAGCAUUGAAAGGUCAUUCGUUUGUUGAUAAGUUCCACAAUACCCUUUCCCAAAUCAGAGACACUGUCAUGAAAUGUAUUCUCUCAUUCUCACUGUCGGUAAUGGCACCAGAGCUGAGUUAUGUGAUGAAAGCACAAGCGAGUGAAUGAGCUUUUUACACGGGGCAUUCAGGGAAAUAGUGCUUUCCAGGAUGGAGAGGAUAUUCAUUUGUAAAUAUUCACUUUCAUGUUUGCAAUGAUUUUUGUUCUUUAAAUAAAAAGAAUUUAUUUCUCAUUUGCGUUAACCACGUCUUAAUAUAUAUACAAAAACAAAACAGAAAAUUAGACAUAAUCGGUUCAGUUCAUUGAAAAUGUCUCUGACAUGUCAGCAAAGUGCUGGAACCAGAAGAAAUGUUUUACACACUAUGCAACCAGCUGCAGUUACAUUUUAAAGUACACAUCCAGCAUAUACACUUAACCACUAUACAAGAAAAAAAAAAAACACCCAUAUUAUUUGCUUGCUAAUUGUGGAACAAAACAGCAACAUGCAACAUUUUUUGUUUAGACAAUGCAUUUUACUCUUCUGUGUUGAUAAAAACAUUCUGUUCAGUUCUCAUAAUAUUAUGAAUAAGAAUGUGAUAUUUCACAUUUAUGGAUAUAAAUGAAAGUCAUGAUUAUGCAAGCAAGCAUUUCCCUGUUGGUUCACAUCUUUCUUUUUGUACAAUGGUUACUGUAACUUUUAUACUCCAAUGAAAAAAUAAUGAAAAAAUAAUAAAAGGCUUUUAUUUUG